GGGCCGGGCCGGGCCGGGGGCGGGGUCUCCACCGCCUCCUCCGCUGCAGGCCGAGGAGAGAUGGCCGCCGCCGACGGUGUCGGAGAGUCUGCGCAGGGUGGCGAGCCCAGUCAGCCGGAGCCGCCGCCGCCCCAGCCGCCCCAGGAAGAGGCGGUGGCGUCCCCUAUGGACGACGGGUUCCUGAGCCUGGACUCGCCCACCUAUGUCCUGUACAGGGACAGAGCAGAAUGGGCCGAUAUAGAUCCAGUGCCACAGAACGAUGGUCCCAAUCCAGUGGUCCAGAUCAUUUAUAGUGAAAAAUUUAGAGAUGUCUAUGAUUACUUCCGGGCCGUCCUGCAGCGCGAUGAGAGAAGCGAGCGGGCGUUUAAACUGACCAGAGAUGCCAUUGAGUUAAAUGCAGCCAAUUACACAGUAUGGCAUUUUCGAAGAGUUCUCCUUAAGUCACUUCAGAAGGAUCUGCAUGAGGAAAUGAACUACAUCACAGCAAUAAUUGAGGAACAGCCCAAAAACUAUCAAGUUUGGCAUCACAGGCGCGUGCUGGUGGAGUGGCUGAAAGACCCAUCUCAGGAGCUUGAGUUUAUUGCCGACAUUCUCAGUCAGGAUGCCAAGAAUUACCAUGCCUGGCAGCAUCGGCAGUGGGUCAUCCAGGAAUUUAAACUUUGGGAUAAUGAGCUACAGUAUGUAGACCAGCUUCUCAAAGAGGAUGUGAGAAAUAACUCUGUCUGGAACCAAAGAUACUUCGUAAUUUCGAACACCACUGGCUACAAUGAUCCUGCUGUUUUGGAGAGAGAAGUCCAGUACACUCUAGAAAUGAUCAAACUAGUACCACAUAAUGAAAGUGCAUGGAACUAUUUGAAAGGGAUUUUGCAGGAUCGUGGUCUUUCCAAAUAUCCUAAUCUCUUAAAUCAAUUACUUGAUUUACAACCAAGUCACAGUUCCCCUUACCUAAUUGCCUUUCUCGUGGAUAUCUAUGAAGACAUGCUAGAAAACCAAUGUGACAACAAGGAGGACAUUCUUAAUAAAGCAUUAGAGUUAUGUGAAAUCCUAGCUAAAGAAAAGGACACUAUAAGAAAGGAAUAUUGGAGAUACAUUGGAAGGUCUCUUCAGAGCAAACACAGCACAGAGAGUGACCCACCUACAGAUGUACAGCAAUAACACCAUCUAGAAGAACUUGAUGGGAUGCUUCUAUUUUUUUAAGUGACUCUAAUGCAGGAGUUAAGAACUAGAGUGAUCAUUCCCUUGGCCGGUGGUGUAAAACAUGCGUCCCACAGGUACUGCUUUUUAACACGAACUAGGUGUGAUGCUUUUUGGGUGCUGCUGCGUUUCAGACUAGUUUAAGUAAUUGGACUCUUUCUAAGCAAAGUAAUUCUUUGGGAGGAGGGAGAAGAAACAAGGUCCUAUAAAGGAACUUCUGUAGUCUUAUCAACAUUUACUCUAAUUCCCUAGCACCACCUCCUCCCUAAGUCGUGUAUGUGUCAGGAUCGGCAGCCUCAAGGAUUGCACGAAACUUGAGUGUAAAGGAUAGGAGGUAACUGAGAGCAGUUGUUCCUUUAGAGCUGCUGCAUACGCCACACUCACAGUAUCUCACCAUCUCUGUAACCAACUAAUGCCAAAAGAAUGGUUUUGUAAUAAAAUUAUAAAUGUAUCCUAAAACAAUGCCAUAGUAGUUUGAUCUUUUAAGUACCAUUUAACCAAAUACAAAGGAUUUCUUGACUUAGAAAAGCAGUUGAGGGGAGUUCCCCUCAUGGCGCAGCAGAAACGAAUCCAACUAGGAACCAUGCAUGAGGCUGUGGGUUCGAUCCCUGGCCUUGCGCAGUGGGUUAAGGAUCUGGCAUUGCCGUGAUUGGUGGUAUAGGUCACAGACGAGUCUUGGAUCUGGCGUUGCUGUGGCUCUGGCAGCUACAGCUCCGAUUAGACCCCUAGCCUGAGAACCUCCAUAUGCGGCAGGUGUGGCCCUAAAAAGCAAAAAAAAAAAAAAAUUAAAAAAAAAAAAGAAAAGCCGUUGAGGAAGAAAAUGUUGCUACACUGUGCACAAUUCGGCAGCACACAUACUAAAAUUGGAACGAUAUAGAGAAGAUUAGCAUGGCCCCUGUGCAAGGAUGACGCACAAAUUCGUGAAGCAUUCCAUGUUUUUAAAAAAAGAAAAAAGAAAAUGUUGCUAUAAAACUGAAGAAACAGAGUUCCUGUCAUGGCUCAGCGGUUAACGAAUCUCACUAACAUCCAUUAGGAUGCAGGUUCAGUCCCAGGCCUUGCUCAGUGGGUUAAGGAUCUGGUGUUGCUGUGAGCUGUGGUGUAGGUUGCAGAUGUGGCUCAGAUCCUGUGUUGCUGUGGCUGUGGUGUAGGCCAGCAGCUACAGUUCCAAUUUGACCCCUAGCCUGGGAACCUCCAUUUGCCACGGGUGCUGCCCUAAAAAGAAAAAAAAAAAAACUGAAGAAACAAGGUGAUUAUGUUAAAAGAAAUGUAGUUGAAAUUGUAGUGAAUUGGUCAGUUCUUGACCACAAGCACAAAAUCCAUUCAAUGUGGUUUAAACCCACAGGGUUUAUUGAGGUAUACAGAUAACUCGAAGAAUAAGUAAUUACCUGAUUUCCCAGAAAUACAUCCCAAAACCCGACUGCAGAACUGUACCAUUGUGAUGCUGUUGCCUGUGCUGGGAGCAGGAACUGCUGAGUGAGGCUGCUGGCCCCGGGACUGACCAGCUCCACCACAUCCCCUGCAGGGACACCUGCUUUCCACCACAUGUGAUGCGGUGCCAAAUUAAAGGCUCACCUUAGUGCCGUUGAUUGGAAAGGACCUAAAGGACAUCUCAAACCCCUAACUGCAAAGGCAUCUGGGAAAUGUAGUUUAUAGCUUUCCGCUUCCAUGAACUCAGGAGGACAUGCUAGAAAGGAGCUGAAGGUUGAACAAGCCAGUUCUCUGUGCCUGCAUAUCAAGUCUCCCCAUCAAUAAAGAAUUUUUGUUUAAUGUUCAAAGCACCAAACUACAGCUAAAGAAAUUAUGUACAGUAGAAUUGUCAUCUCAAGAAGUCAGGAAAUGACAACAUUUUAAUAAUUCCUGGAGAAAAUAGACUUUGUGGGGAUUAUUUUUAACAUUUUACAUGUCAGCUUUUGUUUUUGGACUCCAGAAAUUUCUGAUGUUAUGUUUGAAAUUUUCAUAAAAUGUCAUCCCUAUGUAGACAUUUUCAAAGGUGUCAUAAGGAACAAAAAUUAUAUAGAAAAGUUCUCCUAAGAUGGCUGUGGACUCAACAAAACUCCUAGAGACUCUUUAAUAAGCAGCUUAAUGGCAGUUUACUAAUACACACUGAGAAAUGUACGGGCAGCCCAAGCAAUUGCAUCAGCCUAGCCACGUGGUAUUUUCUGCCGAAGUUUAACUAGGUGGUGAUGUAUUGGUCAAAAGGCUGUUUGGUGAAUAUGGAAUCACGUGAGGCGGCUCCAUGAUUUAAAUGUAUCAUAUUUGAUAAUCCUAAUGAGGACCAUCGUCUAAUGCACAGCUGGAUACACAGUCCUGGCACUGCAGUUUUUUCAUUGCACUAACAAAAUGUCUUUGGAGGGGGCUUCUAGUUCAAAAUUAUUUGUCUAAUAAUACUAUCACUGUGUUGCUGUCUGCACUGUUGGUGCAUCAGCAAUGGGUAAACUACUGGUUCCUUAGCACAAAUCAAGGCAGUGGUACUGAAUGGUCAUUGUAUUCGUCACUGCCAUGCACUUGCUGAACAAUGUACUUGAUGAAUCAGUAAUUAUAUGUUUUAUUCACAGUA